AUGAGCCCGCCGUCAUUUCCAUUCCAGUACGCCUCUGAAGCCCGGGACAAACCAUCGCGCGUUACAGAACCCGCUUCCACUUUGGGUCUGUCUGACCGCGUCCUUGACAAUGGCAUCCACAUUCACGCCGAAUCCGCAUUUUUCGCCGACAAGCUCGCUACGGAGGAGAGCCUCGCCGCCUUUCGCAACCUCGCCUUCCCCAAGCAGCUCAAGGCCCUCGAGCAGUACUUGGGCGCUCAAUUGACGGAGCCCAAGACUGCUCUGCUCGCCGUCGUCCGCAAGUCGGGACAAUGCGAGGCAGGAAACACGCAGAAGCGCCAGGCCUGCUGCCGCUCAACCUACUACGAGCCAGCCGAGGCCGAGCGCCAGCCCUUCGUGGCUGUCCAGGAUCAGGUAGUGACUCAAGUCGAACGAGAGGAGCUAAUCGGAUGGCUCACAUAUCACCACACCCCGCCUUCGUCGGAGAAGGAGUUCGGCCGUCGAAACUAUGUGUGGAAGACUUUCACUUGGGAUCAAGAUGGCCAAAUGCUUGCGGCGGUUUCGAAGGGCGGUGGUAAGAAGCGGACAGUCAUCAUCGAGGAUUGCAUUAUCGAGGUAGUAGAACUCGUGCAUACCUCAAACGGCCAUGCAGGAUGGGACACCACAUGGAGGGAUGUUAAUCACUCCUCUUAA